GGAGGGUUGGGGAUUUGCCCUCCUCCGUGUUCCUCCGCAUUUACCCCAGACGAACGACGUGGAUCGACAGCGUAUGACGUGCCAAUGAACAAAUACUCGAACCUUCGAGCGAACUCGAGGUUGUAAAUGGGGUGCUAGUCUCGUUCGCGCAGCGUCGCACGGCUAACAUCAAAACAUGAAGUCAUUCGUCAUGAGACAUCACGAGAUGGAUGGCCCGUCCAGGAAACUAACGCAAUUAUAUAGAUGCCCGAGUUUCCUUCGAUUCUAAUAGGACUUGGUUUAGUUUGCCAUCAACAUACACAUUCCGAAGAAUAUUCAAGCACAAUCAAAAUCAAUACCAACAUCAGAAAUAACAUUAAUCGCUAUGUCUGCCGACGGCCACGGACUUCCAGAUAAUGCCGUCAUGGGCGCGCACGACAUGAUACAUCAUGCCGAACAAGAAGAGCAUGAGCACGAAGCCGCAAUGAAGCGAGGAAUCACAGACGAAGCCGCAGAGGCUGAAUACCAGUUGAUACACGGAGCUGAGGAGCGAGCUGCUCGGGCCGAGAGGAGACGUAACUCUUUUAAUAAAGUAAAGAGGACUUUCGAGAAGAUCAUUCCCGGGAAGCAUUGAGCUCCUACCGGAUUACUGACUCGCUGGUGGCGCUUGUACAACAAAUUGGGGGUUUGAUGAUAUCCUGUAUUUUGUACGGGCUUUAGGCCUAUGAAGGACUCCGUCUUGAGUAACACAUUAUA